GAUAUUCGCGUUUUGCUACAGUAAAUGUAGAUUUUAAAUAUUCAUUCAGCGGUUAUAAGUAGUUGCCCCACACCAUUCUAUGCAGUACUUUUCUUGAUUUUUUGUUGACUCGUGGGAAAAAAUGAAUGGAGAAAAAACAGCUGGUUCUGUCUUCAUGUGCCGCCUCUGCAACCUGUUCUCUCCCAGUCGCUCCCAGCUGCUGGCCCACUGCACCCAGAAUCACCCUGAACAUGAGUCUCCAGAUAGCAUCAUUGCUACACUGGCUCCACUUAAAACUGCACCUGUGGAGGAGCCUCAAGAGUGUCCAGUUAAGAGGAAACGAGGAAGACCGAAAGGUUCUACCAAGAAGUUAAAGAGGGACUUGGCAGAAAGUGAUGCAACCCAGAGUGGAGAGAAAAGAGAGGAACAAAGAAUCACGGAGGGAGAGCAGCAGCUCGGUUCAGUCAAAGAUGGUGACAGCCAGGAUGGGGUUUUAGGGCUUGAAUGCAGAAACUGCCAUCGCACAUUCAGCAACAAACGACAGAUCCUGAAACACAUCUGCCUCAGAGAGGACGAUGAGGAGGAGGAUGACCAAGAGACCGGAAGAAGUUUUGAUGCAGAAGGAAAGGAAGGUUUCCAAGGAGCAGAUUCAAACCAGACAAAACAAAAACCAGCAAGAGAACUCAAAAGACAAAUAGAUACUGCCAGCUCUAAACCCUCAAAAGCCAAUGAAGUUUGGAGCGAAAGAAGAAAACCAGCAGGACAGAAAAAAUCUCUUAUUAAUGUCAUUCUGACAGAAGAUGAAAUACUUCCAGCAGGCAUUUGUAAAAUGGUGCCAGUAGAAGAUAUUUCAGCAGAAACUGAGUCUGCAGCUGUCCAAACUCAACAUCAGGGCCUCUCAAGAGAAGUUACAGCCUGUGAAAAUAUCCCCACAACUAAAGACGAGUUGAGAUCUGAUGUAAAUUCACCAAAAACAGCAUCAUCCACCAGAGGAUUCCAGGAAUAUUCCAUCAAACAAGAAGCUGCAAAUUUACCCCAGAGCAAGCUGAAGAUCUUUGCCUGCGAGUUUUGCAAUAAGAUCUUUAAGUUCAGACACUCAUUGGUCGCCCAUCUCAGAACACACACCAGGGAGAAACCCUUCCACUGCCCGCACUGCGACUACGCCUCCGCCAUCAAAGCCAACCUAAACGUUCACCUAAGGAAACACACUGGGGAGAAGUUCAGUUGUGAGCACUGCGACUUCAGCUGCCUCAGCCCAGGACACCUCAAGGUUCACAUAGAGCGAGUCCACCUGAAGAUGAAGCAGCACUGUAGCUUCUGUGAGAAAAAGUACUCCGACGUGAAGAACUUGCUUAAACACAUGGAAAAAAGGCACAACCUGAAGGAUGCUGCUGUUCUCCAGACCUACCAGCAGCUAAGGUUAAAGACUCGGCAGGGCCUAAGGCAGCUCCUCUACCACUGCCCUACAUGUAACCGGCGCUUCAAGAACCAGCAGGAAUGUGAGCGCCACCUGCUGAUCCACGGGCCUCAACCGCCUUUCGCCUGCCAGCUCUGUGACCACAAAGCUACCAAGAUGGUUGCCCUGGCCGCCCACGUUAGGAAGCACCUCUUCCUCUACAUCUGCAGCAGGUGCAACAAAAAACUGGUCAGCUCACAGAGACUGAGGGCUCACCUGGAGGAGAGUCACUCUGAGCUGGAUAUGGAGCAGAGCUUCAUUGACUGUAUCAACAUCAGCUACUGUCUGAUUCCCCCGAAAGAAGUUGGAGGAAGUGAGGGGGGUGAGAAAAGAGAGGGGGAAGCCACACUUAAAGAGGCCGUCGGCGACAGGACAAAUGUAGGAGGCCUCGAGGGAGACGAGAAGACUCCGAUUGAAGAUGAGAAGCAACUGGAAGAAGAAGAGGAAGAACAAACCAAAUCAGUGAAGAUGACGGAAGAGGAGAAAGGAGGAGAAGAAGAAAGAUUAAACAUAGAAGCUCAGAAAGAUUCCCAGGAGAGAUGUGAUGAAGCAGCAGCUGAGAACACAGCUGGAGUAGAGAUAACGCACUCGCCUUUAUCACCAGAGGUCGUCCACACCUCACCUCUAAAAGACGAGAGUAAAGAAAAUACACACAGAGACUCUGUGAACAGAUCUGCAGCCAGCAGCACAGCUUCAUCUUCAGCAUCAGGAAUUACCAACGUAUCUGGUGUCACAGUUGAAAUUCAUUCAUCUGCAAAUAUCCUGAUGGAAAAAAGCCAAAAUUCACCCACAGAGAAGAGUGCUUUCCAAGAGGUGGUUUCAUCUCUUCAGAAAACGCGCCUCGAUAUGGAGACCUAUCAGGAGCUCAGGAAAAUGUACGGAAACCUGGAAUGUCAAUAUUGUGGUAAACUUUUCUGGUACAAAGUCCACUACAACGUCCAUGUCCGCACACACACUAAGGAGCACUUGCAUUACUGCACCAAGUGCAGCUACUCUUCCAUCACCAAGAGCUCGCUGAAGCGGCAUCAGAUCCAGAAGCACAGCGGUCUGCUGCUGCCUUGUUCCACUCCUGGCUGUAAAUACUCCACACCGGACAAAUACAAGCUCCAAGCACAUAUAAGGACUCAGCAUGAUCAGGAGAGGCGUGCCGUUUGUCCCAUAUGUCAGCGCAGCUACCCGCAGCACAGAUUAAAGCACCACCUUAAAUCAUCCCACCCAGAUAAAGUACCUGCUGGAGGACAUGGAGUGAUGGUGCAGCGUGCAGAGAAGUGCCCUUACUGUGACUCCUACUUCCUGAAGAACAGCAGUGACUUUCAGCAGCACAUCUGGGCCCAUCAAGGUCUAAAGCCGUACACCUGCAGCGUGUGCAACUAUUCCAGCUGCAGUCGCAGUAACCUGAAGACCCACAUGAACCGGCACAACAGUGAAAAGCAUCAUCUCUGUGAUCUGUGUGGUAAAAAGUUCAAAUCCAAACUGACGUUGAAAAGCCACAGACUGAGCCACACAGAUGAGGGGAGGAGGUUUCGAUGUUCAGAGUGUCCAUUUACGUCGGUCUAUAAGCCUUCCUUGCUGCGACACAUGGAGCAGCAUGCUAAGUUUAAGCCGUAUCGUUGCGCUCACUGCCAGUACUCGUGUAACAUCGCCGGGGCUCUGAAGCGACACUACAACAUCAAGCAUCCAGAGGAAACCUAUGAGAAGGCUGGACCUGGACUGCCAACACCUGAAACCCUGAAACAGCAAGGUGGGAUGAAGUGCCCUGAGUGUGAGUUUGUUUAUGGAACGAAAUGGGAGUUAACCCGUCACCUGAAGACCAAACACAAUCUGAAAGUGGUAGAAGGAAACUGGGAGGUGACUGAGGAAACAGAGACUCAGUUGGUCUCUGUAGAGAAUGAAGAACAUCUCACUGAAGCAUCUUUAGAAGUCCUGGAGGACGAUGGUAAUGUCCAGCAGAUUGCUGAACUGAGCUCAGAGACUCACAAUGCUGUAGCCUCAAUGGUAGCAAUGGCUCCAGGCACCGUGGCUGUAGUCCAGCAGUUGCAGGUAGCUGAGGAACAGGAAGUGGGUGACUGCAGCAACCAGCUGAUGGUUGUGGAUGCAGACGAGGGUCUUGAUGGCAACCAGGUGAUGGUGGUGGAGGAUGGACAUGGCCUGGAUGCUCUGACCGUCCUCACUCAGGGAGAAAACACACACCACUACAUCGUAUACAUCCAGGAGCAAACUGUGGAGAUCAUCUAGGAGUCUUCAAAUAUCAGCAACAUUUUUGCUUUACGAAAAAAUAAAGAAAUGUAUUAAAUGGAUGCUUUUACUG